CAGAAAGAAACAAAGUGUGAUGGCAUGUUUAUGGUUAAAAUGGGCGAGCAUAGCUGUUUUACAACUCUACUUUUGGUUGAAGAUGGUUGAGUCUUCUUCUGUGUUAGCGGCUGACAGAAUUACCCCUGGGUUGCCCGGUCAACCCCAAGUGUGCUUCAGCCACUACUCUGGGUAUGUCACCAUUGAUGAAGAGGAGGAGCAUCAAAGAGCUCUCUUUUACUACUUCGUUGAAGCUGAAGUUGAUCCUUCUUCCAAGCCUCUGGUCCUCUGGUUAAAUGGAGGGCCUGGUUGUUCUUCUCUGGGGGUUGGGGCAUUCUCUGAAAAUGGACCAUUCAGGCCAAGUGGGAAUGUUUUAGUCAAAAAUGAAUAUAGCUGGAAUACAGAAGCUAAUAUGCUGUAUCUGGAAUCACCAAUUGGAGUUGGAUUCUCCUACUCCACUAAUUCUUCCUCUUAUGAGGGCAUAAAUGACAACAUCACAGCUAUGGACAAUUUGGUUUUCUUGCAAAAAUGGUAUCUGAAAUUCCCACAGUACAGAAACACAAGUCUGUUUAUUGCUGGAGAAAGCUAUGCAGGCCACUAUGUUCCUCAGCUUGCACAGAUGUUGCUGCAAUCCAACGAAAAGGAGAAGCUGUUCAAUUUGAAAGGAAUUGCGCUUGGAAAUCCGGUACUAGAAUUCGCUACUGAUUUCAACUCGAGGGCCGAGUAUUUCUGGUCUCAUGGACUGAUUUCAGAUACUACGUACAAACUGUUCACCUCCGCUUGCAACUACUCUCGCUAUGUGAGCGAAUACUACAGAGGCUCUCUGUCCCCGGUUUGUGCAAGAGUAAUGAGCAUUGUUAGUAGGGAAACAAGUAGGUUUGUCGACAAGUAUGAUGUCACUCUUGAUGUCUGUAUAUCAUCUGUCUUCUCCCAAUCUAAAGUCCUCAACCCUCAGCAUGUCAGGGAGACCAUAGAUGUUUGUGUCGAAGAUGAAACUGUGAAUUACUUGAACAGACGAGAUGUUCAGAACGCAAUGCAUGCACGUCUGGUUGGAGUUAACAAAUGGCUUGUCUGCAGCGAUGUUUUGGACUAUGAGCUGCUUGAUAUUGAGAUACCAACAAUCAAGAUUGUGGGAAGCAUCAUCAAGGCAGGAAUACCUGUCUUGGUUUACAGUGGAGAUCAGGAUUCUGUAAUUCCACUCACUGGAACUCGGAAAUUGGUUCAUGGACUGGCAGAAGAGUUAGGGUUGAGCACAAGUACACCAUACAGAGUCUGGUUUGCAGGGAUGCAGGUCGGUGGGUGGACACAAGUGUAUGGCGACAUGCUUUCGUUUGCCACAAUAAGAGGGGCAUCCCAUGAAGCUCCAUUCUCACAGCCAGAGAGAUCAUUGGUGUUAUUCAAGUCAUUCUUGGAAGGCAGCCCUUUGCCAGAAGCAUUCUGAGGAGCAUAGAGACUUCAAAUUGUACAUCUUGAUAGGUAUAAAGAUGUUAAUAUUUUGGGAAUGGAAGUUUGCAUUUUCUCCUUUUGUUGUAUAAACCAAAUCAUAGCUGAAAGAAUUUCUUUUUGGUUGGUUUGUGUA